UUCUACAAACCGCACCACACCUGGCGCCGCAUUUCAACUCCAAGAAUGUUGUGAACAUGAUAACGGAGGCGGAGGACAAGGCGGUGCAUGCCCACAUCAAGCUGUGUCGAACGUUGCUCGACGCGGAAAACGUUUUGUUUGACAAAAGCCAGCGGUUGGUGGAGCUGUAUCAGCCGAUUCAUGAUCAUUUUUAUCGUGCAGGACGAGAGAAACAGCGGCCAUCAACAACUUCCAGUCAGAGAAGACUCUUCCGUUCCGCGCACCGGCUGCCAAACCUGCUGAUCCAGCACAAACUCGACCUACGGACACUGGUUGAAGCGACGGGAGAGAAGCUUGGUGAUGCCCGAGCCGCAGAUCCGCACGGGGAGAACAAAGACUGGGUAGCUUGGCAGGCUGGACAGUUUUUGCAAGAGGAAAGUUCUGUUUACCCACUGGAAGGACACGGAGAUAAUCAAAAUGAUCCUUCGAUGCAGUGUGCAACUGCUGUCGGGACAAGGGCCGCUGCGGAGACCAGCGGGGGCGGUGGUGGCGCAGCGAUUGCAGUGAAAAAACACACGGACGCCUGCGAAAUCGAAAAGAACGGUACAGGGUUCGUGUAUAAACUGUUUGAUAGAAGUUGUGAUGCUGAUGUCUCUGUAGAUGAUGAUGAUGAUCAUGAUGUAGUAGUUGAUCCCGUAGUUUCCACCCGCGCGCCCUACUAUCCACAGAUCCUUGAAGCACUGUGCGAGCUUUCCCUUUGCCUGUGACUUGACCUAUCAGUGGUAUAGCAACUUCAUUUGUGGGGCUUUUACAUUCAUCUGAGCGCUUUUCUCCGCUCAUUUUGAUUCCCUGCAAUUGGAACAGAAAUUUGAUGUUUCUUUCUUUCGCCUUCCGUUUCCGCCCUUGCGCUCCUUCAAUCGCAAUUUCUGAAUGGGUUCAAUUGUACCCAGCCACAGAUCCUUGAAGCACUGUGCGAGCUUUCCGUUUGCCUGUGACUUGACCUAUCAGUGGUAUAGCGAAUUUCACCAUGCGGAGCUUCCUAUUUGAACGGUCUCUGCUCCGUUCAAGCGUCUCUCUGUAGGUGGAACAUAAUUGUUGACUUAUUAUUUCUAUGCGCCUUCCGCCCCUUGCUGCUUCCUGCGAGGUCCUGUAUUUUCCACAUGAUUUCCCCAGAACUUCUUGGAGUGGGUGCACUAUUAUUACCUUUACGCACCUGUCUCGACCUAGCUCUGGCACAGCAACUGAUGUAGUACAUUGGUCGGAGGUUUUGCCACGCGCAUGCGCUCACUCGCAUGCUUGCGUUUUAUGACCUCCGAACAUGAUGACGUUGACGAUCCUCUUUCUUACGCAGGCUAUCAUGAUCCUCAGCGAAACACUACAGAUCUGAAAUUUUUGCAGAAGUCAUCAGUUCAUCUCGACGAAAAGGAUGAUUGGAUCACUUGGGACACCUUCUGAACAGCUUUCGCGAACAAGAAGUUUAGUAAUGUGAACAACUACGUGACCGCCCCAGUCUGAUAUUGUCUAGUUUUCUUUUGCUUUUGCAGCUUUCCGUUUCUUGCGCCUUUCUUGCAUGAUUGUCUUUGUCAGGAUGAUUGGAUCACUUGGGACACCUUCUGAACUAAGCUUUCGCAAGCAAAAGGUUUAGUAAUGUGAACAACUACGUGACCGCCCCAGUCUGAUUUCAUUAGUGUUUCUACUUACGGCUGUGGUUAUUUUUGUUGUACUUACAUUGUUAUGCAUAUGCAGCUGGUUCUUUGUGUAUGUGUUUCAUCAUGAUGAUUGGAUCACUUGGGACACCUUCUGAACUAAGCUUUCGCAAGCAAGAGGUUUAGUUAUGUGAACAACUACGUGACCGCCCCAGUCUGAUUUUCUGGUGUUUCUCCUUACAGCUGUGGUUUCCUCUCUACUACUCGUACUCCCAUGCGCUCCUACCAGCUGGCUCUUUGUGUUUCCUCAUGAUGAUUGGAUCACUUGGGACACCUUCUGAACUAAGCUUUCGCAAGCAAGAGGUUUAGUUAUGUGAACAACUACGUGACCGCCCCAGUCUGAUUUCAUGUAUGUAUAUGUAUUCCAGUUUUUACUCUUUAGCAUGCGUGUUUUCUUUCCUUCUGAUUCUUUGCGUUUCAUUAUGAUGAUUGGAUCACUUGGGACACCUUCUGAACUAAGCUUUCGCAAGCAAGAGGUUUAGUUAUGUGAACAACUAUGUGACCGCCCCAGUCUGAUAAACUUUUUCGAGAUCGCAAAGAAGCAGAUGAGCAAAAUAACAGAGCGUGGUCUUUGCGUUGUUGUACGGUUCUACUUCAUUUGAAGUGUCGCCCAGCGAUUUUUCAUCGUUUUUGAUCUUUCCCAGCUCUGCUCGAGAAUCCGCGUCCCGUACGAAAGUCGAAGUCCUCGACUCAGUUCCAUUCUCCACCUCGCCACGGCAUCUUGACCGACCGAAAAUUAUCCAUUUCUUGCUCCUCCUUGUCUUCGGCAGAGUCUCAUCUCUUCGCGCAUAGAACUCUCUUCGCUCAUCUGCUUUAUUUGUGGAAUCCUUCCUGCUUCUUCCUUCGCAACGAGAACACGUACGACCAUACGACCUACCUUCAGCGGGAUAAGAAAAUCUUUUUCCGGAUCAACGGCUGCGCCUCGCUUCGUUCUUAGUGUGAGAUGAUUUAGCUUCUUCUGAAAAAUAAAGCGGAUUUGUUAUUUUCUCUCUGUCCUUGCCUGAAAAUCCUUUCCUGACGCGACCUUCAGGUUCGGUGGUUUCUUCUGGUGAGUUUCACCCUCCGGACCGAAUACAACCAGAAAUAACGGGAGCCACUGCGUCUACAGCAUCUGCUCCGUCUCUCCUCGAACACGACGAACCUUCACCUUCCCGUCCACUCUUCCUCUCCACCAUUUCUGACCACGCCACCCGGAUGCGCAUGGCGUUGCAAGCCCGUUUGGAGCAGAUAGAAACCGAGAAGAGUCUUUCCGAGCUACGAAAAAACCACAUCUUCCACCGGGAAAAUCUUCUUCAACAACAGGCCGCCUUCUGGAAGCAGGAGCGGCAGGGGCUGCAGAUCGAAACGGAGAAGCAAAUUGAACACUUGGAGCACAAAGUGCAGCAGUUGGAACGCGUCCGCGAGGAGGUGCGGAUCAAGGUGAGCGAGAUCUUUUCCGUGAAGCAGGAAUUGCUUCUCGACUGGGGCGUCUGCGUCCGCGAUCAUGAGGCGGGUAACGGUGGGUUCGGAUUUGGGCACGACGGAGGUCGUGGUGCAGAAGGAGGACCUGGUGGCGCAGGUCUGGCAUCAAGUCUUAAUUCAACAUCCUCGUCCAGGACGGACUCUUCUUCUGAGAAUGACACCUGCUCAGAUGCUAGUUUUGCGGGGAGUGAGAGUGUCAAGGAGCACGAAGACGGAGCGGACCGAGCAUCCGCUGCUGCUGCGCAAGUUCCCGCCGAGAAGACUACUGGUUCGUUUUCCCCUUCCUCUAGUACAGCUGGCUUGUUGAUGAAAAAGGAACAGAACAAAGUCGGUGAGGAGAACCUUCUGAAGCAACCUUCCCCUGUUUUGGUCCUGUCCGCAUCUUCCCCGACUCUGCUCGAAGAGCUCGGGAAGACGAAGAUGAACAACAACAGCAGCUCACCUUCUUCGCAUAGGCACAAAAAUUAUCCCGACGAGAAGAAACUGCAGUUUGUUGAUCACGCGCCGACGAGUAGUUUAGAUCAUGAAACCAACUACAGCUGCAAGAGGACGAUGAACUUUUCAACGACUUCAACAACUGAGGAAAACGAUACGCAUACGUCGUCCAAAAAUUUCAAACCGAUCACUACCGUCGCGACCCUCACCGCCGAAGUAGACACCGAGCUCGCGAUUUUGCGCGCGCGGCGCGCAUUUCUAUUGCAGCGGCAGGAGGACCGAAGGGAGGAACAGGAGGAAAGGGAACGAAAGCAGAGCCGCCUGGCGAAAUUGAGCGACAAGCAACGGGAGAAAUUCUACGAAAGGUACCGGCUGAAGAAGAGUGGUGGUGGUACCGUGGGCGACGACGAAAAGGCUAUCGGGGAGGAGAGACAAGCAGGACCAGUAGCUGGCCCGACUACAACGCGUUCGCUUGAUACAACGACCAAUACUCUCUUACAUGGUGGCGCUUCAGGUGCUGCAAAAGCACAGAGGAACCGAUCUCGCACUAGAAAAUGAGUAAGUAUGUAAGAAUUGAAGUUAAAAAAAUUGUGAAUGGCGUUGUGUACGGUAGUACGUGCGCAAAGCACACGACUGAGAGAAGAUAGCGGAGUGGUCCGCUGUUGUGAUGAGACGUCAACAAAGAGCAGAGCCUGACUGAACGGAUUUCACUACCGCCAGUUUUGCUUUGAUGUUCUGAUCGUCAAGGCUGGCUAACAUUUUACGUCGGGCCUCCGUUUGUGUUCCGCUCCAACGGUUGUAGACCCGUUCACGUUCUGAUCCCGAGCGAGUUGUAAAUCGAUUAG